AUGGAUUACUCAAAAUUUCUGGACGAUGAUUUUGACGUGAAAGACUGGGUGAAUGGCGCUUUUAAGGUGGUGCAGAACGAUGCACCUGGGAAAGUGGAUACACAUGCUGCGACGUUGGUUAUGAAGCUACAGCUUUUCAUCCAGGAAGUCAACAAUGCAAUUGAGGAGACCAGCAACCAGGCCCUGCAAAACAUGCCCAGAGUAUUGCGAGAUGUGGAGGCACUGAAACAGGAAGCGUCUUUCCUUAAGGAGCAAAUGGUUCUGGUUAAAGAGGACAUCAAGAAAUUUGAACAAGAUACAGUGCAAUCCAUGCAGGUCCUGGUGGAGAUCGAUCAAGUAAAGAGUCGAAUGCAGCUGGCAGCAGAGGCACUACAGGAGGCAGAUAAAUGGAGCACACUCAGUGCAGACAUCGAGGAGAUUUUCAAAUCACAAGAUCUCGCAGCCAUCUCAUUCAAGCUCACCAGCAUGCAGAAUAGUCUGGCCAUGCUGGUGGACACACCAGACUACUCUGAAAAGUGUGUCCACCUAGAGGCGCUUAAAAACAGGCUGGAGGCCCUAGCAAGCCCCCAAAUAGUGGCAGCAUUUAAUUCCAUGUCUGUAGACCAAGCAAAACUGUUUGUCAAAGUCUUCUCGGAGAUUGACAGAAUGCCACAGCUCCUUGCGUAUUACUACAAGUGUCAUAAGGCACAGAUGGUGAAUAUGUGGCAGGACCUAUCUCAGAGCGAGCUUAACCUGAACCAACAGCUUUCAGAAUUCUACGACACUUUGUUGUCCACGUGGCACGCUCAGCUGCAGUGGUGCAGUCAGGUGUUCAAGAACCCUCAUGAAGUGGUGACAGUGUUACUAAUCCAAAUUCUGGGCGCCAUGGUGCCCUCCAUCCCCAUGUGCCUUAGCACGUGUAUGGAUCGGGUGGCCCAAGAGGAACGCCUCGACACCUUGCUGGAGCUCAACAACACCACGCUCACCUUGGGACACAACUUAGAGGCUGCCAUGAUGCCACACAUCUGCGAAAAUAACCUUCUGAAGGUGAACGAGUUCGUGUGUGCGUUAUAUGACCCAUAUAAGACUUACCAGUUACAGUAUGGAGAAUUGGAAGAAAAUCACCUCCUCAUCCAGAUCAGUGCUGUUCCCUUGGAGCACGGAGAGGUCAUUGAUUGUGUGGAAGAACUGAAGCACUCAGUGGGGAAGCUUUUUGGCCUGGCGAAUGCUGCCGUGGAGCGCUGUGUAAAACUGACCGACGGGCUGGGCGUGUGCGGCCUCCUCAAGGCACUUAAAGCCCUCUUCACCAAGUAUGUGUCCGACUUCUCAACUACAUUGCAGUCAAUCAGAAAGAAGUGUAAACUGGAGGACACGCCAAGUUCUUCUGUUUUCCAGGAGGACUGGACUGCUUUUCAGAACUCAGUCAGAAUCAUUGCCACUUGUGGGGAGUUACUGAGACAAUGUGGCACCUUUGAGCAGCAGCUGUCAAACAAAAUCAUGGGCACGGCAGGCAAGUACCUAUCGGACUCGUACAGCCCUCGCACCCUAGCGGGCAUCCAGGAGGCCAGCGCUGCAGACAGGAAGAAAAAUCCAUGGCAGGAGUACAACUACCUUCAAAGGGGAAGCAUGCCCGAAUACAACGGUCUCAUGGAAUUGCUCUACUCUUUAAAGGAGAAGGGCGCCGGUAAUUCCAACCUCCUAGCUGAGCCGAGAGCGGCGCUGACCCGACUCAACCAGCAGGCCCAUCAGCUGGCCUUUGAUUCGGUCUUUUUACAGAUUAAACACCAGCUGGCCCCCGUCACCAAAAUGGAGAGUCAAGAGUCACCAGGUUUAGGAGAAAGCUACGCUGAAGACUUGCCGUCAUUCAGCCUAUCGCCACAAGAGUACAUUACAAAUAUAGGUCAGUACUUGAUGUCACUGCCGCUCCACUUGGAACCAUUUGUGACACAAGAAGAUCCGGCGCUAGAGUUGGCUUUGCAUGCUGGGAAGUUACCUUUUCCUCCAGAGCAAGGCGAUGACCUUCCGGAGUUGGACAACACAGCUGACUACUGGCUGGGCUCCAUCGCUCGGGCAACUAUGCAGACGUACUGUGAUGCUAUCCUGCUCAUCCCUAAAUUAAGUGCGCGUUCAACCAAGCAGCUGGCCACAGAUAUAGACUAUUUGAGCAAUGUGAUGGAUGCUCUGGGCUUGCAGCCGUCUCGCACUCUCCAGCAGGUGGUCACUCUGUUAAGGGCCAAACCAGAAGACUACAGACAAACAGCCAAACAGAUGCCUCGCCGACUCACAUCUACCAUCGCUGCUAUCCGUUCUCUUGACUACUAA